AUGAAUUCGCCGAAAGAAGACGGAGACGAUGAUACACCCGUGAAAGACCCGGUGAAAUAUGGCGAGCUGGUCAUUCUUGGGUACAAUGGCUCGCUGCCGUGUGGAGACCGCGGCCGCAGAAAGAGCCGCUUUGCUCUUUACCGCAGAGCCAAAGCCAACGGAGUCAAGCCCAGCACGGUGCACAUCCUCAACACUCCGCAGGACAGCAAGGCGGUGCACAGCAGGGGGCAGCACAGCAUCUCCUUCACACUGUCCAGAAACCAGACUGUGGUGGUGGAGUAUUGCCAUGACAACAACACAGACAUGUUCCAGAUCGGCCGCUCCACAGAAAGCCCCAUAGACUUCGUGGUGACUGACACUUCAGGAGGAGGGAAGGAGAGCGAGGACCCGUCCAUCGCCCCGAGCACCAUCUCGCGCUUCGCCUGCAGAGUCGUGUGUGAACGCAGUCCGCCGUACACCGCACGCAUCUACGCCGCUGGCUUUGACUCCUCCAAAAACAUCUUCUUAGGGGAAAAAGCCACCAAAUGGAAGAACCCGGACGGGCACAUGGACGGACUGACCACAAACGGGGUCCUGGUGAUGCAUCCCGAGGGGUUUCCAGACGAACCGAAGCAGGGGCUGUGGCGGGAGAUCUCUGUGUGCGGAGACGUGUACGCGCUGCGGGAGACGCGCUCCGGACCGAGCAGAGGGAAACUGGCGGAGGGGGAGAGCAGUGCUUUGCGGGACGGUUCUCUGGUGGACCUCUGUGGGGCAACACUGCUGUGGAGGACUGGGGAGGGGCUGAUGCGGGCCCCCACCCUCAGACACUUGGAGGCUCUGAGGCAGGAGCUGAACGCCUCCAGGCCCCAGUGUCCCGUGGGCCUCAGCACUCUGGCCUUCCCCAGCCUCCCACGCAGCCACAGCCUGGAGGAGCGGCAGCCCUGGGUCUACCUCAGCUGCGGUCACGUGCACGGGCGUCAUGAAUGGGGCCAGCGGGAUUCAGACGAGCCGCGGGACAACGAGGAGCCCGCCGCGCGCCGAGAGUGUCCCCUGUGCCGCAGCGUGGGGCCGUACGUGCCUCUGUGGCUGGGCUGUGAACCGGCUGUGUACGCCGACGCAGGGGCCCCCACCCACGCCUUCGUCCCCUGCGGUCACGUGUGCUCAGAGAAAACCACAAGGUACUGGGCCGAGACACCGCUGCCGCACGGGACGCACGCCUUCAGGCCCAUCUGCCCCUUCUGCUCUUGCGCACUCAGCAGCCCGGGCUGGACACGGCUCAUCUUCCAAGGGCCAAUCGAUUAA